UCAAAUGAGUUUGAAACGAUCAGCCCAAAAAUUGUUCGUCUUUAAAUUAAAGCUCCCUUUUAACAAUAAACAAAAAGAAAGGGCAUUACUGUCAACAAAAUUAGAUAAAUGAAACAUGCUAAAUCUGAGGAACUACAUUUCUGGCCACUGUUACUUCCCAUUGGCUGAGCCUACAAAACUUGGAAAGAAAUUGUCUCUCUCUCCCUUCAUUAGCUUGCAUCAACAACGGCACUAUCUCUGUCAGCCCUGAAACACAUGUCAAGAGAAAAAAGCGUCGAUAGAAAGUGGAGAGACAGAGAGCUUAGUGCACUGGUUUCAAGAAUAGAAAUUGGGUUUCUUUCAGAUUUGAUUUUUAAGGGCUGUUUGUGGUGAAGACCUGUGGUGGAAUCUCUUUUCUGGUUCUCUGUUUUUUCUCUGUUUUCCUCUGCUUUUGGAGCUGCUUUGAUAGUUGAGCAGUGAUAUUACUUGAGUUUUAAGGCAAGCAAAUUCUUUGGAUUCAACUUUGAGGUUCUUAAGAGAUCCAUGUAAAUUAGAUGAUAUUCUGGGUGAUCACUUAGUUAAAUUAGAUGAAGCUUUCUAAGGAAAUUUUUUUCUGGAGUUACUUUCUUGGGAAACAAACAGAGACUUUGGUUCUGAGAAAAUAGUGGGUCCUAGGCUUUUGAUAUUCAAUCUUGAUCUGAUUGAAAACCUGACAAAAAAUUACUUAAUUUGGGUUUUGAAUCCUUCGAGUCUCGGGUAUUUUCUGAAGGAGAAUUGAAAAGGGAAAUGGAGUCAGAUCUUCAACAUCACCAUCACCAUCUUCUGGAUUAUCAUCAACCUCAAAACCAUCAAAAACAGAUGAACUCUGGCUUGAUGAGGUACCAAUCUGCACCCAGUUCGUAUUUUUCAAACAUCUUGGACAGAGAUUUCUGCCAAGAGUUUCUAAACCGGCCAACAAGUCCCGAAACAGAACGAAUUAUCGCACGAUUUUUGUCAGGUAGUGGGGAUGCUGGUGGCGGCGGUGGUGGUAAUACAGAGAACAUUUCAAACCAGAAUCUUUGCCCCGUAACGCAUAAUUCGCCUGUUAGAGAAACAGCUGCAAAAAUUGAGCAGCGAACGCAGAUUAUGACACCAAUGAUUAAUCAAACAGGGGUUAUGCAGCAACAACAACAGCAGCAGCGGGGGAACUAUUCCUCUGCUUCACAGAAUUUUUAUCAAAGCCAACCUCAACGGCAUUUGUCAAAUCAGCAAUCGGGUUCAACUAUGGAUUACAGGAUUCCAAAUUCAACGGGGAUGGCGCGACCAACCCAAAUGAAAAUGAGCAGUGGCAAUAAUACCAAUCUUAUUCGGCACAGCAGUUCCCCUGCAGGGUUAUUCUCCAAUAUAAACAUUGAAAAUAUUACAGGCUAUGGUGUGAUGAGAGGAAUGGGAGAUUAUGGAAGCGUUAAUAUUAGCAGUAACAAAGAAGCAGCAUUUCCUUCUGCAAGCAGGCCACCUCCUUCUGGGCUGAUGAGUCCAAUUGCCGAGCUGGGGAACGAAAACGUGGGUCCAAAAAAUAGCUCAGAAAAUGUUGGAUUUGGUGAAAAUCGUCAUAAAAAUUAUUCCUCAAGGUUUCCAGUUACUUCUUGGGACAACUCCACGAUGAUUUCAGAUAACAUGUCAGGCGUAAAAGGACUCAGCGAAGACGAUGGAUCACUUUCUGGCUUAGAGUUUGAUGGAGUAGAAACUCAGAACAUAGAUGCCGGAAACCAUCCGCCUCCACUUUUGGCUCAUCACUUGAGUUUACCAAAGAGUUCACCAGAUAUGUCUGCCAUUGACAAGUUCUUGCAGUAUCAGGAUUCAAUACCUUGUAAGAUCCGGGCCAAGAGAGGUUGUGCCACUCACCCUAGAAGCAUUGCUGAGAGGGUGAGAAGAACCAAAAUAAGCGAACGCAUGAGGAAGCUACAAGACCUUGUUCCGAACAUGGAUAAGCAAACAAGCACUGCCGACAUGCUAGAUUUGGCUGUUGAUUAUAUCAAAGAACUCCAAAAAGAGGUCAAGACACUGUCGGAGAACCGUGCAAACUGUUCGUGCGCCAACAAGCAGCAGCAAUAAUAACUAAUAAAUAAACAGGUCUGGUUGUUGUGACUUGAUUAUCAUGUAUAGGACAAGCAUUAGAAUUUGCAAAAAAACAGAUGGAAGCUGCUAUGUUAACAAGAAAAAUUGUAAGACAGUUAUUAUCCGGGUUUGAUGUGGGGAAGAAAAAGGCUGCCAAAAGCGGUCACUUAAAUCAAAGAGCAUUGAUAUGCUAUAAUAAAAAUCGAUCCAGCUGUAUAGUAACAAGUGAUUGACUGAUUCUUAUGCUAAUGAUUAAUUAUGUAGGAUUUUUAUAUAUAAUUGCUGCU